AUGUUGCGACAAAUUGGUAAAUUUUACCAUCAAGGAGACGAAGACUGGUCGAGCCGCGUGUGGAUGACGUGCUGGCACCACGGCGGCCGGAUUCUGGCGUCAUGCGGUGACGACAAGGCCGUCAGAGUUUGGAGCCUUCUUGGCCAACCGGGUAAGCAUUUUCAUCUUUGCUAUUAAUGCUCAUGACAUCAAGAAACUUAUUUAUGCAAUUUAUCUUUAAAAAAAUCAAUAAAAUAGCGUCAAUAGUUGUGGUCGUGGCCGUCUUGUGACCGUGUUAUCAGUACUCUAAAGUUUUGCAGAUUCUGCCGACUUAGAUUUGCGCCUCGAAUGCCGAACAGUUCUGAACGAAAGUCACACGCGAACAGUCCGUUCGGUCACUUUCUCACACGACGGAAAGUUCCUGGUCUCUUCCAGUUUCGACGCCGCCGUCAUCGUCUACCAGCAAGAGGAGUAAGUUAUUUAAAAAAAAAAACGAAAGUCUGUAACCAGUUUUACUCUUUAGUGGCGAAUUCACCGAAGUCAACAAGUUGGAGGGUCACGAAAGUGAGGUAGGGGAUUCGGGAUUAUGAGUAAAUGGAGAAUCAACGAUCAAACUUCCAGGUCAAAUGCGCAGUUUUCUCGAAAAGCGACGAGUUCCUGGCCACGUGCAGCAGGGACAAAAGCGUUUGGUUUUGGCAGCGUAAGCAAAUAGUUUUCAAGAAAUAAAGCAUUAAAAAUUCUUUCAGAAGACGAAGAUGAGGAUUUCAGCGUGUCUUCCAUACUUCAGCCGCACACACAAGACGUCAAAUACGUCGCUUGGCAUCCGACAGAAGACGUAAGCGACUUCGACCUGAUUUCUGUAAUUUCGAGCGAACAUUGUCGGUUUUAUAGGUUCUGGUCUCGUGCAGUUACGAUUCUUCAAUUCGAUUCUACCGAUUUGACGGUGAAGACUGGAUAACUCAGCAGAGAAUUCCCGAUGUUCACGUGGGAACCGUCUGGAGUCUUGCAUUCGAUGCCGAUGGAAAUCGGCUGGUGACCGUCGGAGAAGAUCACGUUAUUCAGGUAAUAUACCAACGAACAUAACAUCUGGUGCUGCUUAAACCACAAACUACAAAAUCUCGUUAGCCGAUCAAAUCUUGACGUAUUCCAGUUAUUCGUCCGCGAGAACAUCGGUACAAAAUCGGCGGAAAACGACACUUGGAAGUCUGUUGCGCAGUUCCAAGUGGAGAACACGCGAUGGCCAUUAUAUUCGGUUUCAUGGAAUACGACGAACGAUUUGAUUGCCACUGGAGGCGGCGAUUCGAAAAUCAGACUGUUCAAAAUCACUGGAGAUUCGGAUGCUCCAAUUAUUGAGCAUCUUGGCGUUGUCGGAAAACACGAGCUAGACGUGAAUCACGUCGUCUGGAACCCAAGAUUCUCGAAUCUUUUGACGUCGGCCUCUGACGACGGAACUAUUCGGUUGUGGUCUCUUGAGUUGUAG